UUAAUACCUUAUCGAUGCCACCACUAGAGAUGGAAACGGAAACCGCUAGAAUUAUAUAUUGUUUCCUUAAAGCCGUCGCGUUUUGAUGACGUCACCCGGGAAGUUACGUUUUGUUUUACAACAAAGGGUGGCAGCCCAGCUAUACUUAAUGUUGAAAGACUCCACAAUGGAUGCAACGGACAGUUAGAAGAAGAAUACAAGUUGCGGGCAGCUGCGUUGUCACCAUGUCCUCUUUAAGUAACCUGGAGAGCUCCGAGGAGCUGGCAGGAGAGGAGUGUGUCAGCUUCUGUUUGUCCAGCAUGCCUGAUAUCAAGGUGGAGCAUGUCAUGGACUCAAAUCCUGAGGAAGGCUCAGCCCAGAAUGUAGCCAUGGGAAUGAAAUUCAUUUUGCCAAACAGAUUUGAUAUGAACGUGUGCUCUCGCUUCGUCAAGUCUCUGAAUGAAGAAGAGAGCAAAAAUAUACAGGACCAGGUGAACUCUGACCUGGAAGUGGCAUCUGUCCUUUUUAAAGCUGAAUGCAAUAUCCACACGUCUCCCUCUCCUGGAAUCCAGGUUCGACAUGUCUACACACCCUCUACAACGAAACAUUUCUCUCCUAUCAAACAGUCAACCACUCUUACAAACAAACACAGGGGCAAUGAGGUAUCCACAACCCCUCUGCUGGUGAACUCUCUGUCUGUUCACCAGCUGGCUGCUCAAGGAGAAAUGGUCUAUUUGGCCAGCCGUUUAGAACAGGAAAAUGUGGUCAACCUUACUGAUGAAGAAGGUUUCACACCUCUCAUGUGGGCUGCAGCACAUGGGCAAAUCGCUGUGGUAGAGUUUCUUCUUCAGAAUGGAGCAGAUCCUCAGGUCCUUGGAAAAGGUCGGGAAAGCGCCUUAUCGCUGGCCUGUAGCAAAGGUUACACGGAUAUUGUCAAAAUGCUUGUGGAGUGUGGGGUGGAUGUCAAUGAAUAUGACUGGAAUGGAGGCACUCCCCUGCUCUAUGCAGUUCAUGGGAAUCAUGUGAAGUGUGUGAAGAUCCUCUUGGAAAAUGGUGCAGACCCAACUAUUGAGACAGACUCUGGCUAUAACUCCAUGGACUUGUCUGUAGCCCUUGGCCAUAGAAGUGUUCAGCAAGUAAUUGAGACUCAUCUGCUGCAACUUCUUCAGAGUAUCAAAGAAUAAGUGAACCAAGUUUUUAACAGAAGAUGUGAAUAGUCCAUGUUUUAUCUUGCACAACCUGUCGGUAGUUUUUAGGACUUUUAAGUGUCAUUAAAGUGGGGUUUGUAAAUGAA